GUGGAGGCGUAGGAGGUAAGAAGAAUUCGACUCAGUUUUAGUUUAACAGAGUUACAAUUACUAUACUUUAACCCACAAUCGACACACUUUCUUCAAAAGCUUUAAAUGAGUUUUGUACAGUACCACAAGUUCGUUAGGGAAGAUGAUAUUGCCAUUCUCUUCAUGGGCAUGAAGAGGAUGUAUCCAAUUAAAGUUUCCACAGACGGAGUAACUCACGCUAGUAAGGGGAAUUUUUAUCAUAAUAAUAUAAUAGGGAAACCAUAUGGAACGCGGAUCGAGACAGGAAAGGGAUCAAGUGCGAUUGUUCUUUAUCCCACGCCCGAGCUGUGGACCUUAUGUCUUCCUCACCGAACGCAAAUUAUAUACACGACUGACACAAGCAUGAUAUGUAUGUACUUGGAUCUACAACCAGGAAAUGUUGUGAUAGAAGCGGGGACCGGCAGCGGUUCCAUUUCUCACGCCUUUGCGAGAGUUAUAAUGCCCCAUGGGCACUUGUACACUUUCGAUUUCCAUCAACCACGUGUUGACUUGGCCCGUGAAGAGUUUUUUGCUCACGGACUUGCCGAACUUGUGUCCUGUCAGCAUAGGGACGUGGUUGCAGAGGGUUUCGGCCAAGAUUUGCUAGAGAAGGCCGAUGCCGUUUUUCUGGACCUCCCGACCCCCUGGUUGGCCAUCGAGCACGUGAUAGGGGUGUUUAGGAAAUCUGGAGGCCGUUUCUGCGGAUUUUCGCCUUGUGUGGAGCAAGUCCAGAAGACUUGUGAGGCUUUGAAGAAGUUUGGAUUUACCGAUUUGUACACUUGUGAAACUCUCGAGCGAAAGUUUCGAGUUGCCCAGCAUGAAAUCCGAGUGUUUGAGUUUGACUCAUGCGAGAAUGAAAAUAUGGAAGAGAUGUCUUUUUCAUUAAUUGAUAACUCUGAAAAGCAGUUCUUUUUUAAUAGAAAAACUAAACCUAAAAGAAACACUAGAACUGUGCCAGUUAUUACUGCGCGGCCCUUAGAAGAAAUGAAAGGCAAACUACCAUGCCUAAUAAUAGUGCGCUUUUUAGCUUGCUAA